AUGGUUACCAGCUUGGCAAGGACAGAUCCCGCCAAGCUGCGUUUCAAGCGAUUGCUGAAGGAGCUUCACGACGCAAGUGCGGUGCUGACCUCGUCUGAAAUCCUGCGCGUCGUUGCUUCGCUGUCGGAGCACCUGCUCGUGUUGCACUCCGAUUUCGCAAAGCCUCUGCUACUGGUUGCUGCCCAACGCUUGGCAGUGGCCAAUGCAGACCCCUCUGAUGCAAGCCAACUAACGUCUUCCUGCCUCUCGAUGGGCCUUUUCAUUGCUUCUGCCAGCGACGCGACACAGGCAGCAGAAGCCCGAGCAGCCCUUGAAAAGUUGCUGCCGCAAGCGCUGGAGGCUGCAUGCCCGCCAUCCGCAUCACAAGCUGAGUACUUGGCCAAACCGCUGUUGGCUGCGGCGCUGUGCUGGCCGUUGCAUGUGGACACUUCAGCUGCAGUGUCAGUUGUACUGGCAGAGGAGACCUUUUGGCGAAGCACGCGGCAAGAUGCUGCCUUCGCAGGUGCUCCCAAAAGCGUUGCCAGGUCCGUAGGGGCGCUGGGCUUGUUGCAGGCCAAAGGAGCCGGCCUGCCUGGUGUGCCUCGACGCGUGCUUCGCCUGCUGGACCUGGACCGUUUGGACCUGGAGCUGCCCGAGUUGAUCCUGCUCCGGCACGGCCUUUUGGGCCUCGGCCUUGGCGAACACCGCCUCAGCCAGCAGGCACUGGAAUUGGCAGAGGCGCGCUCUGCCGCAAGAGGUGCCGCGGCGGUUUCCAUGCACGAGAUGUGCGAAACACUGGGUCUUCUUCGAAUCAUGGGAAGGCUGACGCCAGAUGAGCCUCUCGUCUUCGACUUCAUCCGCUCAGCAGUCAACAGCGUGGACAGACUGCGACGUGGCGAGCGUUUGAUUCUCCGUGGCCACUUGGAGCACUUGGCGCGGCAGCUGGACUUCGACCCAGGCGUUUCUUGGGAGGAGCUGGCUCAGGCGCCUCCUUUUCCAGCGGGAUCUCCGGAAGCGGCGCUGUGCCUUUUGGCAAGGUACGAUUGGUUCUCACGGAAGAACCGUGCACACGUUUCCUGGUAUCGAAACCGCGGGCGAUUGCGGUAA